CUCCUCGCUCUCACUCACACACACUCUCUCUCUCUCUUCCUCGCGCGCCAGAUCUCGGACUUGAGAGAUCAGAUCAUGCAACCGAUCGUCAACGGCAACGAUCUGCUCAAAACUCCGCAGAUCCUCAGAAUCUCCAUCCUCUUCCUCGCCGCCAUCGCCGCCUUCUACCUCGGCAAGCACUGGUCCGAUGGCAGCUACCCCCAGGUUAGGGUUGGGAAGUUUAGGGUUUGUGACAAGCGGAUGAGGGAGUAUAUACCGUGCUUGGAUAAUGUGGAGGCGAUCAAGAGGCUGAGGUCGACGGAGAGAGGGGAGAGGUUCGAGAGGUUUUGUCCGGAGAGGGCUUUGGAUUGCUUGGUUCCGGCGCCCAAGGAUUACAAGUCGCCGAUCCCGUGGCCGCAGAGUAGAGACGAGGUUUGGUUUAGUAAUGUACCACAUUCACGUUUGGUUGAAGAUAAAGGAGGACAGAAUUGGAUUACGCGUGUUGGAGAUAAGUUUGUAUUUCCUGGGGGUGGAACUCAGUUCAUACAUGGAGCAGAUAAAUAUCUUGAUCAGAUAGCUGAGAUGGUACCAGAUGUAGCAUUUGGUAAACAUACAAGAGUUGCACUGGAUGUUGGAUGUGGGGUAGCAAGUUUUGGUGCUUUUCUACUUUCAAGGAAUGUGGUCACCUUGUCAGUAGCUCCAAAAGAUGUACAUGAGAACCAGAUUCAGUUUGCUCUAGAGCGUGGUGUGCCUGCAAUGGUAGCAGCUUUUGCGACACAUCGGUUAUUGUAUCCAAGUCAGGCAUUUGACCUGAUUCAUUGCUCCAGGUGUCGAAUUAACUGGACCCGUGAUGAUGGAAUUCUGCUUCUUGAGGUCAAUAGAUUGCUUAGAGCUGGAGGCUACUUUGCUUGGGCUGCGCAGCCGGUUUACAAACAUGAGGAGCUUCAACAAGAAGCAUGGAAAGAAAUGGAGGACCUUACAACUCGAAUGUGUUGGGAGCUUGUGAAGAAAGAAGGAUAUAUUGCAAUGUGGAGGAAGCCUUUGAAUAAUUCAUGCUAUGUCAAUCGUGAUCCAGGAGUUCAACCUCCACUAUGCGAUGUGGAGGAUGACCCAAAUAGUGUGUGGUAUGUUAAUCUCAAACCGUGUAUCAGUCAACUUCCUGAAAAUGGCUAUGGGACAAAUCUUACGGCCUGGCCUGCUCGUUUGCAUGAGCCUCCAAAAAGGCUCCAGGAUGUGGAGAUGGAUUCUUACAUAGCUAAAAACGAGCUCUUCAAGGCAGAAGCAAGAUAUUGGAAAGACAUUGUUGAAGGUUAUAUACGUGUUUUUCGUUGGAAAACAUUAAGACUGCGGAAUAUAAUGGAUAUGAGGGCUGGAUUCGGAGGGUUUGCUGCUGCAAUUAAUGACCAGCAAAUAAAUAGCUGGGUCAUGAACGUUGUCCCUGUCAGUGGACACAACACACUGCCUGUAAUAUAUGAUCGUGGUCUUAUAGGAGUCGCACAUGACUGGUGUGAAUCAUUUGAUACAUAUCCUCGAACCUAUGACCUCCUCCAUGCAUCUGGACUCUUCUCCAGAGAGCGGAAAAGGUGCAACAUCACGUUGAUUUUGCUGGAGAUGGAUCGCAUACUAAGACCCGGCGGAUUGGCUUAUAUACGUGAUUCCAAAUCUGUACUCGAGGAGAUCAAAGAAAUCACAGAGGCCAUGGGAUGGAGAUCUGACCUUCGAGAUACAUCUGGAGGCCCAUACGCAAACAGAAAGAUUUUGACAUGCCAGAAAUAGAUGUCGAGUUGAAAUUUUCUCGGCAUGUUAUAUGAAAGGGGGAAUUAAAAUGCAUGCCAAAACUCCUCUCAAUCAUAGCUGAGAGUGGAACAGGCAUUCACAACUGGUGCUAACUGGUCUGCGAUAGCGUGUACUAUACAAAUGUUCAGCGACUGGGGCUCAACUUUUCUGAAAUACUGUUAUGAAAGUUGUAUUCUUCUCAGCAGUUCUUAUUUUUUGUACACUAAAAUAGGUGAUUAAUUGUUUCAUUAGAUUGUUCUUUUAUUUGCUUUAGGUUAAUUGUAUGUAAUUCGUCUGUAAUUGGACGAUACUUAGUAAUUUUAUGUAGUAAAUGUUUAUUUAUGCUGUUUAUUUCACCAGUCUU